CCAAAGUUCGUGUUUUUUUUAUUUAUUUUUUGGUUGUUCUGGGGUUUUUCAGUUUACUCCACAGUCGUCCUCAAUCUGAUACUUGGGUUCUUGAAUUUCUCACAAUUUCGAUAUCUGGGUUCACUUUAUUUGAUUAGUUGAACGUCCCUCUAUAGUUAAAAUCCUUAGCAAGAAGAAGUCUUUAGUUGUUUCUUUGAAUCAGAUUUCUUUUUAGCAUGAAAAUGGAGCAUUUUAGGAGAUCAGCAAUGUCCCUGAGGAGCAGAUGCAGUGAUUUAUUUGAAUGCCAGAAUGGGUUGUCUUCAGUUUUGGAGAGGAAGCUUAUAAAGCGUGUAACUGAUGUGGGCUUGGCCACUUUUUCAUCAUCCGCUACUAGCGAAAGAGCUGCAGUUAAUAAUUCAACUAAAAAGUUGCCAAGGGAUUUUAAGUUGGGCUAUGUGAGACGGCCUGUUGGUGAAGCCAACCAUGGGCCUAAGGAUAUACUUUGUGCUAAUGGGAAUUAUGAUAAGCAAUGCAUAGCUGGUCUUGGGUCACAAUUCCAACUUGUGAAACUCCUUGGAGGAAGCACCACUAACUCUUGGUUUGCUAGAUCAUUUGCAUCAAAAGCUUCAAAGAAAACUGGGGAAGCAACAUCUGAGACUAGAAAAGAGGUAUCUACUGUUGAGGAUCCCUUUGAUGCUCCUACAUAUAACAUUCCAGAGAAGCCAGUUACAUUUACCGAGGGGGCUUCCUACAGUAUUAUUAUUCUUGCAGGACUUGGAGUUGCAGCUGCAGCAGGCUAUGCUGUUUUCAAGGAGCUGAUAUUUGAACCAAAAGAGUACAAGAUUUUUAACAAGGCUCUGAAAAGGAUUCAAGAUGACGCUCAGGUCAGAGUGAGGAUUGGAUCCCCAAUUACAGGUUAUGGUCAGGAAAGUCGAAAUCGUGCUGCCCGCCAGCGUAUUCCCAAUAAGAUCUACACUGAUGAAGAUGGCGUAGAACAUGUCCUGGUUAAUUUCUAUAUUCGAGGGCCCCAUGGAGCUGGGAAAGUUUCUGCUGAGAUGUUUAAAGACAAGGUAGACAAGGAAUGGAAGUAUACAUACUUGAUUGUCCAGUUCUUGCAACCUAACCAAUCGCAAUUGAUUCUAGAGUCGUACAUGCCGGCCCCUGCUCCAGUGGCUGCAUAAAACAUGUAUACGAGUAUUACAUGCUUAGAAAGGUUCUCUGAUACAAAGUUGCUGCAGGGUAUCAUCACUGGCUAAUUCUCAUUAAGAGUCCUGCAGAGUUUCAGAUUUUUUUUCUUUUUCUUGUGGGAUAAAGAGAGCUUUGUUUAGGGCCAGUUUUGACCUCAGCUGGUGGAGAUGAGUUCAUUUUCAGAGAGAAUACACUGGAAUUUCUUGCUCUGAAUUGUAUGAUUCAUACAGUUCACUUAGCAUUUGAAUCAAUCAUUUUAAAGGUGUAUUCAAAUUUUCUUGUGGAUUUAAUUUUGUCAGCAUCAUGUGGACGUUAUAAUUAUGUGAAAUACAAAUUGAUUGGUCUCCUUA